CUUGGCAAGCUGGACGACCGCUCCCUGGGCGGCGCGGGCGGCGUGGGCGGCGCGGGCGGCGCAGCUGCGGUGGGCCCUGUGGGCGGGGCGCGCGGGGCAGGCCUGGCAGUCGGCGCGGGAGGGGCCCGGGGAGGGCGUGGACGAGCGCCCGGGCCAUGCGGCCGCGAGGGCAAGCGAGGAGCAAGAAGCGGCAGAAGCAUGCUUUCUCGGAGGUCCGCGCUGAUUUCUUGGGUCGGCGUCGGGGCCCCCCUGGCGCGCCCCGCGCGCCAGGGAGGGGGGUCCAGCGCCGUUCCAGGAAAUCCGAGCAGAUCCCGGGAAACAUUGAGCGUCUGCCGUUUUUUGUUCACCUAGGCAAGCGAGGCUUGCGCCACCACCCUCGUUCUACGCAGCUUUGGCCCGUCCUGCAGCCAGCAGGCCAUGGCGGCGUGGCUGGACGAGCAGGGGUACCGCGGCACGUACGAUGUUGUCCACGUGUCGCUCCCAUGUGUCGUCAUCAACUUCGCCAGUCCGCUGUUCGCGCAGACGUUCAUGCGCGAGAUGAGCGCCGUGCUGAGCGUAUCGUACUCCAGCAUCCAGGAGGGAGGGGAUCCCAUAUUUCUGUCGUCGCAGAACAAUCGCGUCACACGUAGUUGUUCUUUGCUCUUGCAAGCUCGGCCUCCAGGAGCAGGUCUCGGGCCCUCGCGAUGCGGUCGAUAAGCAGCUACGGGGCAAACGGCAAGCGCCGCGAGCUGACACGCGACGUCGGAGGUCUGUGGAGAGGGAACGGAAGGCGAGGCGCCAGGCAAGUUUUGCUGCAAGAGGUGCGGUGCUUCCGCCGCCUACUUGCUGGCUCGGCCUCGACCGGUGGAGCUGGCUGGCUGGGCGGGCCGGGGGGUCGAGCCCCGCAACUAAGACCGGGACCCCACGGACGGGGUUCGCCAACAUAAUGAUGUGUUGGACAGGUCGAGGAGGCGGACUUGCAUUUUUCUGACUUUUCGGACUGGAGGGUCUGCUUCCCCCUCCGCAGCGGCGAGUCAUUUUCCUCGUUGGGGAUCUGGAGGCAUGGAGCGUUGAGCUCAAAAACGCAGAUGUUCCAGCAUCGUUGGCUAUCCCUCAGGCCGCCCACGUAAUUAUGGGGCACGCCUUUCGACGGGCGAUGAUGCGACUGCGGAUGAUGAUCAGUCGACGCAGUGCGCCAGGCCACUAGUCAGUUUCAUUGCGUCUCAAUGUGGUCCCACCGUCACUGCUUUGAGUUUGUGUCUUGCCGACGCACAUCGGACAUCGGCCGCCAGGGAUAAGAGAAACAAAC